GGAGGAGGUGGAGGUUGCUCUGAUUGCGAGGUGGCGCUUCCAGGGGGCGAGGCGUGCGCCGGCGAGCCGCCUGGCCCGGGGGAGAAAUACAGGCCCCACGGCUGUGGGAGCGGCUGUGGCGGUGGGCCUGGCUGGGCCUGCGUGGCCCUGCAGCUGUCGGCGGUGCUCGCCGUGGCGGCCGCCCUCGCCGCCUCGCACCUCGUGCUGCGCCACGAGAUCGAGAGACUCCACGAGGCGCAGAGCGACAGACACUACGAGCGAGUGCUGAUCAGUGACGGGGGCAUGCUGUACGGUCGAGAUGAGACGCCGCUGCCGCCGCCGCCGCCGCCACCGCCGCCACCGCCCAGCGUGCUCAGUGUCCAGCUGGCCAGGCUGAGCGAGGUGGUGGCGCGCCUGGAGGAGAACUCCCAGCAGGCCGCGCGGCUCGCAGAGCUGCCCGACAUCGUCACCGAGAUGCAGGAGGAGGUGCGAACCCUCACUCCGGGCAUGGACGAGAUCCGCGUGCACAACGAGGCUCUGCAGCAGCAGCUGGUCGACCUCCAGCAGCAGCUCAGCGACCACCUCCAGCAGGCUGCCGAGCGUGAGGAGGCCGUGGGGGAGACGUUGGAGCAACUCGGCAAGCGCAUCAACGACGCCCUCGCCGCUCCCAAGAUGCACGCGGACGUCCCCGCAGACUCCCCCGUGGACUUCUCCGUGGACUCCCCCGUGGACUCCGCCGGAGACUCCGCCGUGGACUUCCCAUCGGACUCCCCCGUGGAGUCCGCCCCGGUCGACUCCCCCGGUGACUCCGCCGGUGACUCCGCCGUGGAGUUCUCCGUGGACUCCCCCAUGGACUUCCCAUCGGACUCCCCCGUGGACUCCGCCCCCGUGGACUUCCCAUCGGACUCCCCCGUGGACUCCGCCCCCGUGGACUUCCCAUCGGACUCCCCCGUGGACUCCGCCCCCGUGGACUUCCCAUCGGACUCCCCCGUGGACUCCCCCGUGGACUCCGCCCCCGUGGACUUCCCAUCGGACUCCCCCGUGGAGUCCGCCGUGGACUCCCUCGCGGGGAACUCCGCCGAGUCUGGAACCUCGGCGAGCCCCGGAGCGGACUCGGGGUCGACCACCGCCACCGUAACCACCACCACUCCAUCCCAGGGCCUUGCAUCGUCGUCUUCGUCGUCGGCGUCGUCGUCGUCGUCGGAAGAGGAUGAAGAAGAUCGACCGGCGGGUUGGACGUCCAGGGAGUCGGAAGCGGCUCGCAACCAGGGGGUGCUCACCAAGGUGCGGCUGGGGAUGGGCUUCGGCUCCUCCUCGGAGGAAGAGGGCGGUCAGGUGGAGGAGGUGUUUGAGACUGAGCAAGAGGUGAAGGAUGCCGAGAAGGAGGUGGAGGAGGAAGAGGAGGAGGAAGAGGAGGAGGAGGAGGAGGAGGGGAGGCCGCACGAGGUUAUCGAAGUGAAACUGGGCGACGUUCCCGGGAUGAGCGAGGACGCGGCGGAAGGCGGCGACCACGACCACGGCGACGACGAGGAGGAGGACGAGGAGGACCGUGCGGGCAUUCAGGCCGUGCUGCAGAGGAUCCUGGGCAAGCAGUGGAUGGAGGCUCACCCCGCCGGGGCGCUACCACGGGGCGGGGCAGGCGGCGGCGGCGGACUCCCCGGGCCCGGCCAGGACGCGGCACCGACGACGACGACGGCGCCCGCCGCGACGACGACGACGGUCGGGACGACGCUCCGGACGACCGUGGCUGACGAGGAGGACGAUGUGGUGGCGGACGAUGAGCAGCAGGAGGAGGAGGAGCCGCCGAGCUGCGCGGAGGUCCUGCUGGGAGCCCAGCGGGCCCUGCGGCGGGGCCUGCUGGCGCCCGGCGCGUUCGUGCCGAGCUGCGACGGCUCGGGGCGCUACGGCGCGACGCAGUGCUCGCGCGGGCGCGCCGAGUGCUGGUGCACGGACGAGCGCGGACGCGAACUCUCGGAGACGCGGAGCGACGGGCCCACGAGCGGCUGUGACAAGAUGAGAGCCGACUGGGUCGACGGCGCGGCUCAAGCAGAAGAUGACGACGCUCACUUUGACCUGCCGGGGAUCGUCUCACUCAGAGACCUGCAGUGGUUCCUGUACCGCUGCGACGGGGACCGCGACGGCCUCGUGACCUACGACGACGUCCGCCGCCAGCUGGGCGACGGAGCCCCCACGCGGGAGCGCUUCCUCGGCUUCGACCUCAACCAGGAUCGCCAGCUCUCCUACACCGAGAUGCGCCUCGCCGCCGGCAUCCUGCAGUAGCCCCCACCGCCAUCCCCCACCACCAGCCCCCACCACAACCCCCCACCACCAUCCGUCACCACAACCCCCCACCACAACCUCCCACCACCGCCCCCCACCACCGCCCCCCACCACCAUCCCCCACCACCAUCCCCCACCACAACCCUCCACCACCAUUCCCCACCACAACCCCCCACCACCAUCCGCCACCACAACCCCCCACCACCAUCCGUCACCACAACCCCCCACCACCAUCCGUCACCACAACCCCCCCCCCCCACGGCUCCCCUCCGCCUACCAACGGAUGUGCUCUGAAGAAGGGCCGUUGCCCGAAACGUCGGGUGUCAAGGGGGCUCACGAAGUCCUUCUGAUUUCGCGGCAUCCCUGAUUGCUGGACGGACCACGACGCACACUACGACGUAAUACACACAUACUACGACGUACCUCACACUACGACGUAUCACGUACUACGACGUACCACGUACUACGACGUACCGCAUACGACGUACCGCGUACUACGACGUAAUAGACACGUACUACGGCGUACCACGUACUACGACGGACCGCGUACUACGACGUAUCAUGUACUACGACGUACCGCAAAAUGUAUGACGUGUCUGUGAGUGUGUGCGCGUGUGUGCGUGUGUGCGUGUGUGUGUGUGUGGGCUCAGCUUAGCGGUUGAAAGUGUCUGUGGGAGGUUUUGGUGAAUUCUUUGGACCGGCUGUUGUUGUUGUUUUAACACGUCGUCGUAGUCGUAGUAGUAGUAGGGCUUUGGCGACCAAUAUUAUCCAUAAUAGAGGUCUUUUUUUUAUUGGGUCGGAUCAAGUAAAUAUAAAUGUGUGUGUCGUUAAACCCGCCGCCACCCGACACAGCCAAUCAGUCAGGGGCUUGUCACGUCAACAGUGAACCCACCGUCGUUUCGUGUCGGCAACCUUGCCAAAGGGGGCGGCACACGUGGGCGUCGUGCGCUUGUCCACCCGCUUGCGCGGUCGAGGCGGUUGUUGUUGUUGUGGUUUUUUUGUCGUGGACGAUGUAAGACUGUUGACUUCUUGACCUGGCGGGGGCGGAAGGGAGCGGGACACCGGGUGUGCCUCUGCACUGCGCAAAAAAAUAAAAUAAAAUGCUGA